AUGCUGAAGAAGAAAACGAAGUUUGAAGAGUAUCUUGAAAUGGAAAUGCAGGUAGGUGUUGUUUCAGCAGACGAAGAUUUGGCUUUGGAAAGAAAACUUGCAAAGAAACUCAAGUUGAAGGAAGGAAAAUUGCGGGGAGACAAUGAUGACAUGAAUGCGUUAUUUGCGGGAAUGCCAUCUAUUAUUGAUUUGUUAAAGGAUGUUGUUAAUUCAAAGGAUGAAGCAGUUCUCAUGAAGAGCCCUGAGAACAGUUCUUCACUUAAGAAAUGUAAAAGGGUAAAGUCUUCAGGGCAAGGGCCACAAAUUGAGAUGGCAAGUGACACACUGGCUGGAGUAUCUGAACCAGUAAAAACUUCUGAUGCAGAGUUGGCUAUAAGAAAUGUUCCUAUCAAGGCACCUGCAUUGGAAAAGAAUGCCAACUAUGUAGCUCCUCACUUGAGAUCCUGUGUGGGAAAUGAAUCAGAGGAGUACUAUCAAAUUCGUAAACAAAUACGAGCUAACGUGGAAUCAAUCACUAGGGAAAUGUCCACGAUCUUCGGUGCUGUCAGUCGUAGUGCUAGUUCUCAGAUUAUCAGUGAAGAGAUUUUGGCAUCGUGCUCUGGUGGUCCUCGUGGCAAUGAACAGUAUGUUGCUGUCUUUGCAGCUUUUGUUGCCGGGAUUGCUUGUUUAGUUGGGAUUGACUUUGGUGCAAAGCUUCUUGCUUCACUUGCUAAAUGCUUUGAGGAUGAGUAUCUGGAAGGAGACCAUCUUUCCUUUGCGAAAUCUGACUCUUCUGGUAUCCUAUUUAUACAUGUUUGGAGUUUGCUCAAGGUUGAGUCUGCUGAUAUAACCAUCCCCGUGGCAAGGCCAAUUUCUUCUCACUGA